AUGGAUGAUUACAUGUUCAAGAGCUAUGUCGCCGACUGCAAGGUUGCGCAGGAGGCGACGAGUUAUCUGGAGAUUUUCAACUACUCGGACCCAACCCUCAGCACGGUAGAAGAACACCGCUUCCGACUAGACGAGCUACCAGAUGAAUUUGGGAACUUUUGCCAUCGCCGGGGCGCAUUCGCACCCCCCAAACUAAAACCCGGCGUCUCCCUCCUCUCCGGUAUCCGCCUCAUCCUCCAGCAAAACGCCAAACACCCCGAGACCUUCACCCCCUCCUACAUCUCCCUCUCACACUCAAACUACACCCUCAUGGUCCGGGCCCUCAAGCUCCCCUUUCGAGGAAUCGAAUCGACCUCGGUCGUGGGACCCUUCUUCUGGUGCGCCCUCGACCCCGACGUCGACCCUUCUUCUUCCUCCACCCCGCCAAACCUGCAGCUCAUCUUCCGCAAAAGCGACGUCCGAAAAAAGGGCCUGACCCGCGGCUGGGAGCUGAUGCUGUCGCACGACUUUUCCACGGGCAUCACGACCGGUUUUGCCAAAGGAACGCCGAGCAGCGACAUGGUCACUGCCAUCAGGCAUCUGAAGGAGUGCGCCGGGCAGGUUUUGCAUCCUUUCCUGCUCCCGAUCAUUGUUCUGUCUCAUGACUUGAGCGCAAAGAAUGAUCAGAAGCAGAGGGAUGCGAGAGAGUGGUUGAGGAAGCUGGAGCACGCGGUUAGCAUGAGGAAUGAGGUCUUGGAGGAGGAGGCGCAGUAUAUAAAGGAUAACAUGGUUGAUCUGGACCAGAUCAACCGGGAUCUGGUCGAGUGUCACUCGCAGGUGCUGUGGAAGAGGCCGCAGGCGUAUUUGGAGAUUGUGAGGGUUAUGAAGGAGGGGAUGGGCGAGUUUUGGGCGAUUGUGGAUGGGAUGAUGGACAGUGAUGGAGGGGGGAGUAGGUAUAGGGUGGGAGGGGAGACGGGAAAGGUGCACAGGAGUAUGCUGGCGAGGUUGGAGUUUUAUCGGGCAAAGCUGAAUGGGAUCGAGAACUACGCUCAUACUACGCUGGAGAGGUUGGGGAUUCAGAGGGCGGCGCUCUACAACAUCAUCGCCCAGAAAGAGUCAAAGCUCUCCCUCAAGAUGGCCGGGGAACAGCGCCGUCUCGCCCACAACGCCAAACGCGAUUCCUCCUCGAUGAAGACCCUCUCCCUGCUUGGCGCGAUAUUCCUCCCGGCAACCUACCUCGCUUCGGUGUUCAGCAUGACAUUCUUUGACUUCAACGACAACAACAAUCACUCCCGCAACAACGGGCCCGUCUCCAGCGGUGGCGGUGGCGAAGAAAGAGAGAACCAGGUCGUGUCCCCGGAUUUAUGGAUUUAUUUCGUCAUUACUGUUCCAUUGACGCUGCUGAUUGUCCUGAUCUGGAGGAUAUGGGACAAGCGCCGAGACAAAAAGUACGAAGCCGAAGACGCAGACAUCGAGAAGGGGAUCGAGGCAAUGGAGCAGCAGAUCAUGACGGCCAUGAGGAAGAGGACGCUGAGCAAGGUUAGGACGUGGGAGGUCGGGAAGUUUUAG